UGGGGAGCUGGCUUUUAAGCUGGCCAUCUGUGUGUGCUGGCUUCGGCACAACCGCCUGCCUCUACCCCCUGCUUCCCACAGCCGGCUCCCUUCAAGCACCAACUCCCACUGCCCUGUCCCCAGCGUGUAACUGUGUAACCAUGUAAUCGCUUGAAAUUUUAGUGGUUACACAAAUACCCAAUAGUUAACAUCGCUACUUGACUCCGCUUCUCAUCUACUGUAAUCCCUAGGUCCUUUUAGCUGAUCAGUUCCCAGCCCAUAGCAGUGUGUGUGAUUUUUCCAUCCUAAAUGUAGGACUGUGCACUUGUCCUUGUUGAACCUUAUCAGAUUUCUCUUUUCCCAAUCCUCCAAUUUGUCUAGGCUUUCUCUGCGACCUUGUGAGCUAAAAGCGAACUUUAUAUUAAAACAAAAUCUGAGAAUCUGGAAAACAGAGGAGUGCCCACAAAGAAAUGAGUUCAUGCAAAGGGGAUUGGAUUCAGAAACCAAAAAGCAAUUAGAAGAAGAGGAAAAAAAGAUAAUCAGUGAAGAACACUGGUAUCUGGAUUUACCAGAACUCAAGGAAAAGGAGAGUUUUAUAAUUGAAGAGAGAAGCUUUAUGCCCUGUGAAGACCUACUUUAUGGCAGAAUGUCUUUUAAAGGCUUCAAUCCAGAAAUUGAGAAGUUAAUGAUCCAAAUGAACUCUAGGUACAAGAAAGAAGAAAUUGAAGCAGAUGAUACAGCUGAGGCUGAUGUAUCAGAUGAAGAAAUGGCCAGAAGAUACGAAACCUUGGUGGGAACUAUAGGGAAGAAAUUCUUGAAAAAGAGAGAUCAGCGGGUACUACAGGAUGAAGAUGAGAACAAUACUUUGAAACCUAGCAAAGCUAAGAAAAUGUUCUUAAAACCCCAGGAUUGAUGUGAACUGCAGAAUUGGAGCUAAAAGAAAUGUCAUCUACAGGGUAGAAUAACACGAACUGGAUAGUUUAUUUUCCACCAAAUAAAGUAAGAUAUGUCUGUAAAAAGUGAAUGGGUAUAUAAUGGAUGUCAUACAUCCUUUCCUCUCUGAACAAGUAUUGUGUGUGUGGCUCUAAGUCAAUCAGCUGUUUAAAUGUUGUGCAUAAGUAAAAUACUAUCCCCUGUAUUUGAGAGCAACAAUCUUUGCAUUUUAUGAUGGUAAUUGAAUGCUAGUAUUUGAACUAAGGAUGAGCUAUGGCUAAUCUUAUAAAACAGUUCUGCUUUCAGUGCCCUUUUUAAUUUUUUUUACUGUGCAAUUUGAAAUGCCUUACACUUUUUAAAUUGAAAGAAAUAGUUUGCAGUAACUUUCAUGUUUCUUUAGCAAUUCUAAAAAUAUUCUGGAAAAGGAACAGAGAUUAAAUCCAUUUAGUUGAAUUUUAUUUUUAUUAAUCUAUUUAAAGAGAGGCUUUUGUAAUAGAAGUUUUCUUUCACCCUAGAAAAAGCUAAAUAUUUAUAUUGGGUAAUGUUUAUACUUUGACGCUUAUGAAUCAUGAUCUGCUCGUCCUAUUUCCUCCAAAAAAAAAAAUGAUGUUCCUCUGGCUGAGGUUUUCUUCUCCGGCAAAAAUUUUGUGAUCUUAUAAACAAGAUCUGUGAAGCAGCAUAGUGACUUCUUCAGAAGCACAUCUUAAAGCUGAAUAAAACCUUUUAAAAUGA